GGGAACUCCUUGGAUACCGGAGAGGCGUUGCCAGGUGUAAUCCAGAGGGAAGUGAUGGGAAGAGGUAUAGGGAAUUUCGAAAGGAGCAGAGAUAAAGACGGAUAAUACAACAGAAGGGUGAAUGUGGAGAGAUAGCGGGGAAAGGAAUGAAGCAGAAACAGAAAAUGCUGGAAAAACCCAGCAGGUCUAACAGCAUAAUGCGAAACAAUCCAUGCAUACAGUAAGCAAAGUAAUCAACCUUAAUCAUAACUCUGCGAAGGCUCUGGGCUCCACUAUGUAUCUGGUUUAAAAGCACUGAAAAUUGCAGCUUAUGUCAUGCUGGUCAGUAAGCUCUUUACCUGACUAUUAGAUGCUUCCAGUUAACGCUUUGCUGCCAUGGGGAAACUGCAGAGUAAACAGAAACGCAACAUAUCCCGAUACAGGAUUGAUGGGGAUACAGGCCACAGUUCGAUCACUCAAGUGGUUCAACAGUACAGUCCUGCACAUAAUGAUGCUGUGACAUCAUUAGCCUCCCUGACAUCUGAGCACUGUGUGUCUGGAGGAAAGGACAAGACAGUGGUCAUAUAUAACUGGAAAACUGGUGGUGUGCAGCAGAAAUUCAUAGGUCAUGAACGUGAUGUGACCAAGGUAACCUGCCUCUUUCAGUCAAACAGGAUCUUCAGUGCUUCACGUGAUAAAACAGCCCUAAUGUGGGAUAUGUACAAUAAAGUUGGACCACUGCAGGAGUUUACUGGGCAUGAACUGGUGGUGACUGGCCUAGCUGUGAGCCCAGAUGGUUUGCAACUGUGUACAGGAUCCCGGGAUAAUUCCAUGUGUAUCUGGGAUGUGGAAACUGGGAAUUGUCUACAAAGCUGCUCUAUUUCCAGGAAUCUGGUGACACACAUCUGCUGGGUUCCUGCGGAAUCACUUGUAAUCCAGACCUCAGAGGACAAGAUGAUCAGGAUCUGGGAUAGUCGGGAACUCCAGGUGACCCACACUUUCCCAAUAAAGCAGUACAUCCAAACACAUUGUGACGCCAGUCCUGAUGGGCAAUAUUGCAUCACUUGUAGCAAUGGUUUUAGUGGUGAAGGCUGCGAGGCCACACUCUGGGACCUGAGGCAGGCAAAACGUAAGGUAUGCGAGUACAAGGGACACCUACAGACCACUGCAGCCUGCAUCUUUCUCUCAAGUGCAACUUCCACACUCCCCUUGGUUGCAACCUCAGCACAUGACUGCACUGUGAAGAUCUGGAAUCGUGACACUGCAGUCUGUGUGAGUUCCCUUUGCCUGGAUGGUGCGGGACCCCUAACGUCAUUAGCUUCCAGUGACGCUGUUAAUUUGCUGUGUGGCAGCUUUAAUACAGGAAUUCACCACCUCCAAGUGAACCAUUCAAACAGCUGCAGCCUGAGUGAAGUGGCGAGAUUCUGAGCAUGCUGAAAAGUCGGAGAUGCGACGACAUGGCGAAAGAGCUGGGACUGUUUGCGGCAUGUCCCUAGUUGAGCAGGUGACAGUGGAACACAAGGAAGAUACAGUAGGACCAGGCCAAACGUACAAGAUUAGGAUACAAAGCAACCAAAGAGUGAAAAAGCAACAAAGCUCUGUUUUUAGGCAGUUUCCUGUAUGAAUUGUGUCUGUGUGUAAUGUGGAUCUCAAGAAUGAGGCUUAAUUUAUUAUACUAUCGGGAUUGAAUUGUUCUAGGUUCUGGAAGUUGUUGAGGCAUGGAACAUUGGAUCAUUGAAUGCAUAAAUUGAAGACAUCAGGAGGCAAUGGGAGGGGUGGAGAGUGAGAUGUCCUUUCGACUGCUCUAGGACAGAUGGGAUGAGGUGUACUACUUUCUUUUUUUAUUGAAAACUUCUAAGAUUCCAUGAGGGAAUGCUAUUUUUGCCCACUAACCCUAUUAUCUCCAUGGCAUCAUUGGUGCAAAUGCUGCAUGUUACGUAUGGUUACACCAGUGACAUAACCCGCUUGAUUAGAGUCCUUGCUCUGUGGUAUUACUCUAAGAGAGCAAAGCAUUAAGAACUCUUAUCUGUAAGUUCUGCCAAUCCGUUGGUGAGUUCCAUACAGUUACAACAUUAUUUAAGCUGGGCACAUAACGGAAAUAACAUCUGCAGAUGGGCAGUGGUGCUGAUAUAACACAGCAGCAUUGUAAAUAUGCAAUACUUCCUGCUGACGGCUUAUCUCAGCCUGGAACUGUUUAACUUCCAUAUGUCUCCCCUACACCUAAAGACUGCUGAAUAAUUGAUCUUAGCACAGAGAAAGCAGCGUUACUGAUGUAAGAAUUAGUAUUUAAUAUGUACUUUCUAUACCUUUUGAAUGGAGCACAUCUCCAAUCUAUGUGUAGUUUUCUUGCUGUAUUACAAUUGUGAUGCUCUGUUGUGAUAUACCUGCUCUGGUCAUGGGCACCAAAGCAAGUUACCUGUAAUGGCUGGAAAUUACACUGGGGUGUAAGGUGUAAAUAAUGUUAUUUUAAUGAAUAUAGAAAUGGGGAAGAUAAAAAUGCUAAUUGUAAUCAUAGUUUUUUAAAAAUUGUAAUUUAUAUAAACAUCAAAAGAGAAAUAGUUUUGGGAAGAUUGAUAGGUAUUGCACCUGACUGCUUAAAAGAAUCAUGAAGGUGCUUUGUGACAUUGUGCUAUAAACAGAAUUUGUGAUAGGGACCAUGGCAAAUAAAAUACAUUCUUUAC